AUGUGGUUAUCCACGGAGCUUGCCACCUUGCUCUCCUUUCUUCACAUAGCCCGGGCGGGCAGCCUCAUCGACAGGUCUUCACCACGAGACCUGGUUGUCCCCGAGGCUUCCCUGGAAUCAGACUCUCAACGACAACUCCCAGUCCAGCAAUUCUUGCUCCAAGUUGAAUCACAUCGACGUCCGGGCCGGUGGCUGCGCAGGAGGCAUGCAACCGGGCCGUUCGUCUGCCCCGACGGCAUCUGCCCCGUCUGCCAGGUAGCCACGGUCUUCACCCUCGUCGGCGACCAGCUCUACGCGGACAAGCGGCGCAUCGCCGCCACCGUCGGCAAGGAGCAGGAGCCGCUCCUCGCCUGCGCCGCGGAAGCAACCAUCAGCAGUGGCUUCUCGGUAGCGCAGGGCUACCUCGAGUGGAAGAACACGAAUGUCACGCACCCCGACACGAGGUUCUGCCUGUCGAGCUCGAAUUCAAUACUCGCCCUGUUCAACGCCACGGGGACGCCGCCGGAUUGCGCGCCGGUCAACCUGAAUUAUGUUCCGAUCGACCAGUGCUCAAUACCAGGCGUUUCCGCCUCGCCAGUGAACAUAGUAAUAGAAGCCGGAACCGGCGGCGGCAUUCAGGUAGGAGGAGCACCCGCGGGUGGUAAAGCUCCCCCGACGGUGCAAUGGUCAAGUAGUGGCGGUAGUCAGGGGUCGUGGUCUGGCUCGCCGAAUACGGGAGGGUCGCAGGCAGGGUCCGUGUGCCGGACCUGUGCCCAGCCAGGGUCAUGGACUGGCUCCGGUAGCUCUGGUGGUUCGCAGAGUGGCGGCUCGGGUGGGUGGCAGUCAGGCUCUUCAUCCAGCUCUGGCUGGACCUCGUCAGGUGGAUCAGGGUCCUUUCCCGGGAUGCCUGGAUCACCUGGUAGCCCUGGCAGCCCUGGCAUCUCGGGCAACCAUGGAGCACCCGGUACGCCAGGUAGUCCAGGUACGCCGGGAGCGCCCGGUGCUACAGGACAACAAGGUUCUCAGGGGCCUCCCGGUCCAGCCGGGGCAACGGUGCAGGGCCCUGCGGGUCCAGCCGGGCCAGCUGGCAAGGACGGUACUGAUGGCACAGAUGGGAAAGAUGGCACCGAUGGUAGUGACGGCAGUGAUGGAAAGGACGGCACGAACGGGGCCGCGGGGACGAAUGGGCAAAACGGACAGAACGGGCAGAAUGGAAAGAGCGGAGCCAACGGCCAGAACGGCCUGAACGGCUUCAAUGGCAUGAACGGGGUGAACGGGACAAACGGCGCUCAAGGUCCCGCCGGAGCAGCCGGCCCUGCAGGUGCUCAAGGUCCUGCAGGCGCGCAGGGCGCCACUGGUGCAACCGGGGCUACGGGAGCUACCGGCGAGACCGGGGCAACGGGCCCAGCAGGACCCCAAGGCUCGACGGGCGCUCAAGGUCCCGAGGGACCUCAAGGUCCGGCCGGCCCCCAGGGCCCCGCAGGGAACGGGACGAUCAUAGUCAACGGCACCGCUGCCGGGUACACCACUGCGUACGGGUACCUGGGGUGCUAUGUCGCAGCCUCGGGUGGCGCCUACGGCCUCAGCCCCCCGACAGCCCAAGAGGUGGUCACGGUCUCCGUUGACGAGUGCGCAGACUUUUGCUCCGCCUCUCCCGGCGGGCGGGCGCGGUAUUUCUCCCUCGGGACAGACGCCAACGGGAACUCGAUAUGCACCUGCGGCAACAACCUUACGGGCUACGACUACGCUCAGAUCGGGAGGCCGUUUGACUGCAACUCCCCUUGCAACUUUACUGCUCAUGCUGACGUGUACUGCGGUGGGAGCUUUGGGACAGUACCUUUGGUCAACAUGUUCGGAGCAUUAUAG